AUGGUUAACAAAUUGCUCUUGCCCAUCUUAAGAACAAAUAACACAGAAUAUCCAGAUGGUGCUGAUGCAAGACAAUCCUACGGUGGCAUUUUAAAACCAGUGACCUUCCAGAAACUUCCAUUGCAGUUGGUCGAUGAAAAUAAUGCUUGCAUAGAUUUAACUGUGGGUGAAGAUAAGGUGGUUAAGUUGUCAUCAUCAUCUAUGUCGAUCCUCAUAUUUGCUGAUUGGUCACAAAAGCUUUUGGGAACUUAUGAUACCAGCCCCUUAGAAACCUUGCCAGAAGUUUGUAAAUUUGGGCAUGUUAGCAAGAAAGCUUGA